AUAUUAAUAAUUAUUUAUAAAAUAAUUCUGUUGUUUUUUAAGUGGUAACCCAAUGUGCUCUAGAUUGAUUUCAUAUUGGUAUCAAUUACUGAAAAUGUAUUGUCAAUGUUUCCAGAUGCAAAUGUAUGCUCUCCAUGAACCUUACUGCUACUGAAACUUGAACUAGCCUACAGUAACGUUAUAGAUUAAGUGACGGGAUGAGUUUAGAAGUUGCCGGUCUGUCAUCCAUCUAUUUUGUCCUGUAUUCCACUAAACUUAAAAUAAAUCAGUCCUUUUAUUUAACACUUAAAAAAACACCGUUUCUUUCUGUUUGUGCUGUUUGUGAAUGGCCACAGACAAGAUCAGAUGACGCGUUGACAUUUUGCUUCAUUCUACCUCCCUCUGUUUGUAAUGUAGUGCCUUCACUCCGUGUGUGUGUGUGUGUGUGUGUGUGUGUGUGUGUGUGUGUGUGUGUGUGUGUGCGUGUGCGUGCGAGUGUGUGUGUGUGUGUGCUGUAGGAAUUCUGUAGGACAAGAUUCAUCUUCUCCCCUAUCACAGGAGCUCCUCUGUAGCCCGGGGUCAGAUGCAGCUCAUCUGCACUCCGCAGCAGCUCUGCUCUGCUCUCCGCCUGUGGCACUCUUAGUGUAGGCUGUGUGUGUGUGUGUGUGUGUGUGUGGCGUUGGGGGAGAGAGAAGGAGAAGGGGAAAAGGUGGAUAGAUAGAUGGAGAUCAGAGCGAGAAAGACAAACUGGAGGCUUAGGGCUCCUCCUGGCGUUGCUACUGUUGCUCAACUCUCUUUGUUUUUCAGGUUAGAUCAUCAGGCUUUGCCAAUAAAUUGCCUCACUCAAAGGAUCUGUGAACACACCAAGGUGCCUUAAUAGAAAAAUCUUUAGCACUGCCACAUCCCUCAAUCACUCACAUCCCAAAUCCCUCAAUCCCACCCUCAUCACUAACUUCUAACCUCAUUUGUUGCCUUUAUUUUCCACAGAGGCAACUGCCUUCCCUGCACCAUGCACUCCAACACUUUUACUGCUAGCUUUGUUAUCUCAGCAGCAGCAACGCCUGAAUUUACAACUCAAACCUGCCAGAGGGGCGUGCACCGCGCAGUGUAAUCUUUGGUUGAUUCUGUCCCCUAGGCUUUUAUCCCCUGUAAGCACCGUUAUUGUUUGAUGGAUACAAAAACUGAGACUGCCUGAAGCUCACAGUCGCCUUCCAGUUGUUGACAGAGUGUCUAUUAUUCCUGGUGUGAGUCCCGGUGCGGGGGGAGUUAUAAACCAUGGAGAAAGGAGGAUCUUGCAAAUCAAAUUGCUUCAAUCCAUUGAAGCAUCUGUCCUCAUUCUCCAGAGGGCAGCAGGAUGUGUAGCAAAGGAGGCUCCGAGCCCUGAUCGCGACUGGAAAGGAAAACAAAACCUGUCGCUGAGGAAUCAUAUGAUGUGGUCAGCCAGCUGUGCAGUACACAUAGGGUAUGGAUGGCAGGACUGUCAAUUUGACAGGUUUGCCCCCUCUUUUUCUUAAGUGUCAGAUAUGGUAAAAAGCUUGGUCAAAGUUUCUCAUUAUCUGCAGUCAUUCAUGCUUCUAUUUCUCUGCCUUUUCAUCCGUCUCUCCUGUCCUUCAACAAACGCACAAACAGGCCGAGCAGUUUUAAAGUUGUUCUGAAAAAAGGGACAAACAGUAGCCUACAGCGUCCCCGUUUCUGUCAUUUUGUCUGCAGCUCACAAAAGUUUCUCCCCCUGAUGGGUUCAUUCUGUGAUUGCUGUUUUUAGCUGUAUUCAAACAGAAUGGCUCAUGAUGUCAGCUUGAUUUCUUUCCCCUCACCCACAGAGUAAAUGUCUUUGGUUUUGCGCUGUUUGUGAUUAAUGGAACAUCAAAAGCCAAUCUGAGCUCAGUGUGAUACAUUCCUGAGGAUAUGAGUCUGCCAGGGACACAUAAACAUCAUUAUUGAACAAGAGGGAGACUGGAGAGAGACAGAGUGACAGAAAGAGGGUGAGGAAGCAAGAUAUUUAUUUUUGUCAGUAAUAUGAUGUAUAUUUACCUGUGGUUUGGAUGAUGAUUGCCUCAGUGAGUGAUGGAUACACACUUUGCGCCCAGGGAUCUUGUGUGAUUACCUACCAUCAGUUUGGUGCAGAGGGACAAAUGGAUGGCAGCACCUUUUUUCCAAAUCCAUUUGGAAAAUCACAUCUCCCUUUGCUCUUUCACGCCCAGUGGCAAAAGACUCGAAGGGUACAAAAGAAACUUCUCCACUCAUCUACGUGAAGUCAGCUAUAUUUAUCCGGUUAUGUAGCUCUCUGCUGGGCUUAGAGGCUUAAUUACCCAGAAGAGAGGAAAGCAAAAAUGAAAUGCAAUUAUGCAAUUGUGUGCACGGUAUCUUGAAUAGUGGAGCUAUCGUAGAUAGGGACAUUACUGCUACCAUUUCCCAGUAAAAGUCUGACCUUUGAUUCAUGUUUUUCUGCCGAACAACAAAAUCCUGAACCUGUUUAUUCAAAGCAUUUAAGCUACUUAUGAUAAAAGUGCUAAAAGGUGAUGUCUGUUUGCUCUGCUCGGAGAGAGAGCGCAACCUCCAUUUUUUUAAGAAACACAAACACAUGUGCUUUUAAGGAAUACUUUGACAUUUCGGUAUACACUCUUAAUUUCUUUCCUUGAUAAAACGAAGCUUCAACCAGCAGCUGGUCAGCUUAGCUUAGCAUAAAGACUGGAAACUCUGAAGGUAAUAAAAUGCGCCUCCCAGCACCUCCAAAGCUCACAAAUUAACUGGUUAUACCUAGUUUGUUUAAAGUUUAAACACUUUUGUUUUUGUAUGGUAAAAAGAGAUAUACCAUUUUAUUUAGUGAGCUUUAAAGGUACGCCUUUGGACAGAGCCAGGAUAGCUGUUUCAACCCCCCCCAUUUCCGUUACGCUAUAAGCUAUCUAAGCUAACUGGCUGAAGUGUUUUCAAUCUUUUCAUGGUAUAUUUCCCAAAAACUAUUCCUUCCUACUUUUUGACUGCACUAGAAAACGCUGGUACACAAUUUCUGGGACAAACGUUCACAUUCCGAACUGGCAAGGGAAAUCUGGAUUUCUGGAAAGUUAACGUGACAUACUUUACCUUCUACUGUUUAAGUGCCCUUGAGCAAGAAUCCUAACUGCUCCAGCAAAAGCUGCUCAUUGGCCAUCAGUAUAAGGCUGCAGGCGUGAAGGAGUGUGAGCUGUACAUGUAUGCAGCUGAGAAAAAGCAUCAAAAUGAAAUCUCAUUGUGUGUGUCUCUGUUUCCCUGGCGGCUUCAGCGUGAAGGAUGUAGAGCCAGAGGGGGGAGCAGGAUGGAGUGCUCCUGGAAGACGGUGCUGCUGCUGGUGUGUGCGUCUCUUGGGGUCCAGUACACGGCCAUCCGGACCCUGAGGGACUCUCUGUCUGGGCCCUGUCAGGGAACCUACCGCUGCCAGACCAGACACCACAGAGACUCCAGAUGGAAAACCUUGUGUGAUAACAGUUGGAUGCCAGUUGAGUCGCCUCGGAAGCACAUCCUGCUGUUUGCCACCACGCGCAGCGGCUCCUCCUUCACCGGGCAGCUCCUCAACCAGCACCCAGGGAUCUUCUAUGUGUUUGAACCUCUCUACCAUGUCCAGCAGGCUUUCACCAACUCCAGCAGCAGGCUGCGUCGCACCCUGGACCGACGAGCCCUGCUGGGAGCGUACAGGGACCUCCUCCUCAAUCUGUACACCUGUGAUCUUCACUUCAUGGAGAACUACAUCCGCCCGGAGCCCCGGGACCACGUCACAAGCUCCUACUUCCGCCGAAGCUCCAGCCACGCACUCUGUUCCCCUCCCGUGUGCUCGGAAGGAGGGGAUAUAGCGGCCUCUGAUCUGCCUGAUGAAACGUGGUGUCCUAAGAAGUGCGGGGCCCUAAACCUUACCCUAGCCUCCAUGUCAUGUCUGUCAAGGGAACACAUAGCCAUAAAGACUGUGCGGGUCCCUGAGGUGGGAGACCUGCGCACCUUGACAGAAGAUCCACGCCUGGACCUGAAGAUCAUCCACCUGGUGAGAGACCCCAGAGCCAUCCUCGCCUCACGCAUGAUGGCGUUUUCAGAUCAAUUCCGCGCUUGGAAAAUAUGGAAUGCGACCGGGCGGCAGCCUCGAUACGUGGACCUGACGCAGAUCACCAGCACCUGCAAGGACAUGGCUGCCUCUGCAGAAACAGGCCUGCAAAGACCGGCAUGGCUGCGGGGACGCUACCUGCUGGUGCGGUAUGAGGACCUGGCGUUCAACCCGAAGGACAAGGCCACUGAGAUCUACAGGUUUGUGGGGCUGGAGAUGGAGGACAGGGUGCGGCUGUGGAUUGCAAAGAACACCAACAGUAACGCGUCGUCUCCGUCAGAGUGGAACUACAGGUACUCCACCACCAGAGACUCCAGGGCGACAGCAGAGAGCUGGAGGCUUCGUCUGGGCUUUGACAUCGUGAGGACUGUCCAGAAUCUGUGCAACGACACUCUGGCUCUGCUGGGAUACAAGCAGGUUCACUCUGCAGCGGAACUCAGAAACUUGUCUCACAGUUUAGUGGAGCACAGGACCUUUCAACCAGUCACAUGGUAGAAAAAAACAUUACUGUUAUUUAUUUAUUUAUUUAUUUCAGCUGACUUUCCUCUCUGUCAUGAUGCUGAUAACAUGAAUGUAAUUUAUCUUAUUUUUCAAUAAUGCCUAAACUAAUAUCACUUUUUAUGGUUUUGUUAAAGAUAUUAAAAGUGCCAAAUGUCAAGAGUGUGUGAUGCUAGAAAAAGUAUUGAACCAGAAUUAAGUCCAUACUGCUGUAUGUGUUGAUUGAAAACUCUUCCAAACACUGAAUCCUGAUGUGAUGAAUUUUUAAAAAAAAAAAUUUUUUAGGAUUAAAUUUUCCCAUAAUUUCAGUGUUUAAACAUGGGGAAAAAGACAGUUGAAAGAGCCCAGCUACCAUUUCAGAGUAAAUCUGACCCUAAAUCAGACACACAAGAAGCGAGGGGGAUGUAUUUGUCAAAUAAAUAAAUAAAUUAUAGGGCUUGCCUUCCAAGUGUCUAUCUCUAAUGCAUUUUGGAGAAGGAUUAAAAUGUCACGUUGUAGGAAGAAUAUUUUCUGCAGAGCACUGCAGCUCUAAUUUCUAUGUGAAGAUGGGUCUCAUAGAACCAAGUUUUUUUUGUAAAUACUGAUUAACUGUUGCAAUGCCAAGUGUGCAAAUGUUAUGUGCUGGAUGUGUUUGAACAUUUUUUUUGUCACUGCAACUAUACUGUUUAUAUUUUCUAGACUUUUUCAAAUAAAUUAUUCAUAUGUAAGUA